AUGCGAAAUCCAGCUAAAGGAUAUCCUCUUAUACCUGGAAAACAACUGACAGCUAUCUGGCACACAGCUGAAACCAUACCCCCAGCUAUCUGGCACACAGCUGAAACCAUACCCCCAGCUAUCUGGCACACAGCUGAAAUCAUACCCCCAGCUAUCUGGCACACAGCUGAAAUCAUACCCCCAGCUAUCUGGCACACAGCUGAAAUCAUACCCCCAGCUAUCUGGCACACAGCUGAAAUCAUACCCCCAGCUAUCUGGCACACAGCUGAAAUCAUACCCCCAGCUAUCUGGCACACAGCUGAAAUCAUACCCCCAGCUAUCUGGCACACAGCUGAAAUCAUACCCCCAGCUAUCUGGCACACAGCUGAAAUCAUACCCCCAGCUAUCUGGCACACAGCUGAAAUCAUACCCCCAGCUAUCUGGCACACAGCUGAAAUCAUACCCCCAGCUAUCUGGCACACAGCUGAAAUCAUACCCCCAGCUAUCUGGCACACAGCUGAAAUCAUACCCCCAGCUAUCUGGCACACAGCUGAAAUCAUACCCCCAGCUAUCUGGCACACAGCUGAAAUCAUACCCCCAGCUAUCUGGCACACAGCUGAAAUCAUACCCCCAGCUAUCUGGCACACAGCUGAAAUCAUACCCCCAGCUAUCUGGCACACAGCUGAAAUCAUACCCCCAGCUAUCUGGCACACAGCUGAAAUCAUACCCCCAGCUAUCUGGCACACAGCUGAAAUCAUACCCCCAGCUAUCUGGCACACAGCUGAAAUCAUACCCCCAGCUAUCUGGCACACAGCUGAAAUCAUACCCCCAGCUAUCUGGCACACAGCUGAAAUCAUACCCCCAGCUAUCUGGCACACAGCUGAAAUCAUACCCCCAGCUAUCUGGCACACAGCUGAAAUCAUACCCCCAGCUAUCUGGCACACAGCUGAAAUCAUACCCCCAGCUAUCUGGCACACAGCUGAAAUCAUACCCCCAGCUAUCUGGCACACAGCUGAAAUCAUACCCCCAGCUAUCUGGCACACAGCUGAAAUCAUACCCCCAGCUAUCUGGCACACAGCUGAAAUCAUACCCCCAGCUAUCUGGCACACAGCUGAAAUCAUACCCCCAGCUAUCUGGCACACAGCUGAAAUCAUACCCCCAGCUAUCUGGCACACAGCUGAAAUCAUACCCCCAGCUAUCUGGCACACAGCUGAAAUCAUACCCCCAGCUAUCUGGCACACAGCUGAAAUCAUACCCCCAGCUAUCUGGCACACAGCUGAAACCAUACCCCCAGCUAUCUGGCACACAGCUGCACCCAUAUAUCCCCAGAUAUCUGGUUAA